AUGCCGCUGAGACCUUUGAGCCGCGAUGCCUACCGGGUGGGAUGGAUAUGCCCGUUGGAGGUGGAACAGAUCGCGGCAAUGGAGAUGCUAGACGAGAAUCAUGAACGUCUUCCGCAACCGCCCGGGGACACAAACAUCUACAAUCUCGGCAGUAUCAACAACUAUAACGUGGUCAUCGCUGGUCUCCCGCGGGCGGGGAACUGCUCUGCAGCCACUGUCGUUACUCAAAUGAGGAUGACUUUCCCAAACCUCAGGUACGGCCUGCUGGUCGGGAUCGGGGGCGGCGUCCCCACAAAGACCGACUGGGGAACGAUCCGUCUUGGGCAUGUGGUUGUUAGUGAACCGACAGGUGUCCACUCGGGGGCGAUACAGUACGACCACGGGAAGGCGAAGGCGGGUCAAUUUGAACGCAAAGGGUCUCUCGCACCGCCGCCAACUGCUCUUCUUAACGCUGCGCGGGAAGUGGCUGUCCAGCGCCAACGGGUGGAUGAUGAUCCAAUCUGGAUGAAUUUGCAUCGAAUCCAGACGGGCCGUCGAGGAUUGCGCCGCUUCAAAUACCCUGGCGCUGCGAAUGACUAUCUCUACCCACCCAGCUAUCCACAUGGCCAGGAAGGGGUACCGUGUGAGAAAUGUGGAUGUGACCCAGGGCAGCGUAUCGAGCGACCGACGGACGAGGAAGAUGACUCGUUCAUUGUUGUACACCGAGGCACCAUAGCAUCUGGGGAGUUGGUGAUAAAGGAUGCUCAGAAGAGGGACGAUCUGGCGCAAGAGCAUGGGGUACUAUGCUUCGAGAUGGAGGCCGCAGGAGCCCUUACCGAUUUCCCAUGUAUAGUGAUUCGAGGCAUCUCCGAUUAUUGCGACUCGCAUAAGAACGACCAGUGGCAUGGUUACGCAGCGGCGGUGGCGGCCGCGUAUGCACGGCAGUUAUUUUUUCACAUGUCCAUCGAAGAGGUGCAACGAGAUCCGAAUAUAACGCCUACAUCUUUCGAGCUCCCGCUUAAUCUGUCCGAGACAUCCCAAGUGGCCCGGUUUGUCGCACGAGAAGAUCAGCUGAGGAGGAUCCAAAAGAUCUUCGACACACCUGCUGGACGCCGUACUGCUGUGGUGCAUGGGUUAGGUGGUAUCGGCAAGACGCAGCUGGCAAUCGCAUACAUCAAACGGAACCGGUCUGAUCAUUCGGCGGCACUAUGGCUCAAUGCAAAAGAUGAAUCAGCACUGAAGCAAAGCUUUGCUCGCGCAGCUGAGUGGAUUCAACGCCACUAUCCAUCUCUGACAUAUAUUAAAAGUGCUCUGGAGAGCCGAGACCUGGACAUGACGGUGAAAGCGGUCAAACGAUGGCUGGAUGAACCGAAGAACGAUCGCUGGGUGGUCGUCUAUGAUAAUUAUGACAAUACCUUAUCGGGCAAUCAGAAGGAGAAAAGCCUAGCCUCUGCUUCCUUCUUUGAAGCAAAAACCAAGGGCGACCACGAUGAAGAUCUCGCAAAGGCAUUCGAUCUGCGGCAAUUCCUGCCCGAGACCGACCAUGGUGCCAUUCUUGUGACCACGCGGUCCUCGAUGGUAAAGCUAGGCCAGAUGAUACACUUACGCAAGCUUGAAGAUAUCAAUGAUGGUCUUGAGAUCCUGGCUUCCGUCUCUGGGCGUAAAGAUCUAAGACAAGACCCCGCAGCCACGGAUCUUGCAAGGGAGCUCGAUGGACUUCCCUUGGCUCUCGCGACGGCUGGGGCAUAUUUAGAGCAGGUGUCAACUAGCUACACCGAGUACCUCCAGCUGUACCGAGAAUCAUGGCAGCGAUUACACGAAGAGACGCCACAGCUGGAGGCAUCCGAUCAAAAGCUGUACUCGACAUGGAAUCUCUCGUACCUAUACAUCCAGCAGCAGAGUCCAAAUGCGGCUACGCUUCUCCGACAAUGGGCCUACUUCGCCAGUGAAGACUUAUGGUAUGAGCUGCUGAAAGCCAGCGGCCCGGAGACGCCGGAAUGGCUGGGCGCACUGACAAAGGACGAGCUCACAUUUGACAAAAGCUUAAGAAUUCUGUGCAGCCACGGCCUCGUUGACGCUGACCCGGUUUCACCAUUGCAGCGCGGGAAGUCACGAGGGUAUAGCGUGCAUGGCUGCGUUCAUUCGUGGAUGAUGCAUGUGUUAAACCAGGGAUUUGAUAAGUCCAUGGCCUGGACAGCAGUCCAAUGUGUAGCGCGGCGGGUACCUAAACAUGGCGAACACGAAUACUGGCUUGUACAACGGCGGCUGAUUGCACAUGCAGACCGAUGUCUCAAGAUCUUGAGAAAUCAAGAAGUUGAUGAUGGCGCUGUGGGGUCUCUAUGUUCUUUGGGUCUUCUCUAUGCGGAUCAGGGCCGGCUCCUGGAGGCAGAGGCGAUGUUCAAACAAGCUCUGGAAGGCAAGGAGAAAGCGUGGGGACGAGAACAUACGUCGACACUGGGCAUCGUCAACAACCUCGGUGUUCUCUACGCGGAUCAAGGCCGGCUUCAAGAGGCAGAGGCGAUGUACGAACGAGCACUGGAAGGCAAAGAGAAGGCGCUGGGACGAGGACACACGUCGACUCUGAAUGCCAUCAACAACCUUGGUCUUCUCUACACGGAUCAAGGUCGACCCAAAAAGGCAGAGGUCAUGUUUAAACGAGCUCUAGAAGGCAAGGAGAAGGUGUGUGGACGAGAACAUACGUCGACGCUGGAAACCGUCAACAACCUCGGCAAUUUCUACGCGAAACAAGGCCGACUCCAAGAGGCAGAGGUCAUGUUUAAACGAGCUCUAGAAGGCAAGGAGAAGGCGCUGGGGCGAGAACACACGUCGGCGCUGGAAACCGUCAACAACCUCGGUAAUCUCUACGUGAAACAAGGCCGACUGCAAGAGGCGGAGGCGAUGUAUAAACAAGCACUAGGAGGCAAGGAGAAGGCGUUAGGACGAAAGCACAAGUCGACGCUAAAUACCGUCAACAACCUCGGUAUCCUCUACACGGGUCAAGGCCGGCUCCAAGAGGCAGAGGCGAUGUACAGACGAACACUACCUAGUGGCCUCGAUAGUCUUUACGCCGAACAAUGCCGGCUCCAAGAGGCAGAAGCGAUGUAG